GGGCAGACGUAAACAGAGGCCGUCAUGAGCAGGAGGCUCUGUCGGCUUCUGGAAAAAUCGCGGGCGUUGGGGGAGACUCGGCCUUUCCUCUCUUAGACAGCAACUGCAACUUUGCAAGCAUGAUUAUUGAGAUUUUGUUCUGUUUUCUGCGGCCUAGAUGUAUAUGCCCUUGCCUUUCGUGGUCAGUGAUAGGCAGUGACAACGCGAAGUGGAAGAACUGAAACGUUGAUAAGAGAUGAGAGAGAGAAGUUGUCAUGCAGACAAAGAGAAGUUGUCAUGCAGAAAAAGCGAAGUUGUCAUGCAGAAAAUAAUCUAAGUCAUUGCUACUUGAUUGGCUUAUUCUCCAUACACGCAAUUAGGUCUUCCCAGAAUUAGGGUAUUGCGGGUUAUCGAGUCAAUGGCCGUGAAAUUGGGUAUAGCUUUAUAGAUGCCCAGGGAUUGAAUUUAUGGCGGUUUUGUUCACCAUAAGCCAGCGUUAAUGAAUGUGUGGGUGAUAAUUGUUAAGCGAAGAUAGAUAUAGAAUUUUAAUGAGGGCUCAUAUCACGUCCAUGCGAAUAGAAUGAUACUAUAACCACGUUGCAUUAUUCGCAGUACCAAGGGUGUAUGUUGCGACUCCCACGAGAGCAAGUGAUGUAGUAUCAUGUUGAGGCUCUUACAGAGGCCAGAAAAGAUGGAUUCCAUAUGUUCAGAUAAGAUAAAGAUUUUGCCAAUUUGUAUUUGAUAUUGAAAUAACCCAGAAGUCCAUUAAUUAAGUCUUGUUUAAAACUUCCAUCUAUCUAUAGUAUGAGUAUCAAUAUGCUCAUGUUAAUGCACUAGGAUCAUGGGAUUGUAAUGCUUAAACGCGAAAUUUUUAAUUAGCAUUGAUAGACGCAGUUUUGAGCUAAGAAUACUCUUGGACAUUCCCUCACAUGUAGUAAAGUGUUAUUGGUCUUUGCAGGAGUGCCAACAGGUUUGCUGGCCACAGCACUUGAAGAUAUAGCAAAGUUGCUACAAAUUUCACCAUUGGCUUCCACACUAUAAAACUACCAUAAUUGGAUCAAAGGCAUAACAAAGUACAGUUGUCACUGCAGCUAAAUUACAUGAAUGAAAGUAAAGAGGCUGAUCUAACUAUGAAAACAGAAUAAUGUAAUUCCAAUAUUCAUAACGUGCUCUUGCUUUAAAAUAAAAAUUAAAAUCCUUCUGUAUUUCUCUUUGAGACUUACCAUAAGUCCAAAGAAAAUUAUAUCAAAUAUGCAUGGGAUAACCAUUCCAUUUUGGAGUUAUAUAUAUAUUUUUUUUAUAGGAAUAUGUUAAGGGGCCAUCCAUCAUCCGAAUGGAUCCCCGAAGUCUAAUGAAACAUGUCUUAUACUUGAAAAUGAUUAUCAGUGCAACUAUCUGUGAUGGUUGGCUGUAAGACUGCUAUGAUCAACACAUGUAAUAAAUGUAUUUGCUGCGACAUGCAAAAUGAGUGUGUGCACAACCCAGAUCACCUAUUCCACCACAAACUCUGUGCCUGUCGCAGUGCAGGAGGGCCUUUUAAUAAGACAGGUUCUGGGAGAGCAGGAGUUUUACGAAUGUGUGGUGUGUCACAGUUCUAUGUCUGGCAUUGUGCCAGCAAAGUCGCAUCUGGAAGGGUCCCGUCACCUCAAGGCCCUACGGAACCGGGCCUAUACUUCAGUCCUCACAUCAUGCGCCAACCUGAAUAGUUCCCAAGAUAGCCCUGGCCUGAGCCGUUCAUUCCAGGACCUAUCUUUUGCGGAAGCUACAUUCGGUUGCUCUGAUAACUAUGAUGAAAUUGCAGCUGCCAUGAAACGAGGAAUCAUAUCAGAGAAGAGUGUGAACAAGACAACAUUCUUUGAGUGCAACGUGUGCAACGUCAUGUGCACUGGGACAGCCAGCAUCUCGGAACACCUGCAAGGAGAGCAACAUAACAAGAAGCUUAGGCGGCAGGAACAUCCAGAAGAGAAAGAGUGCAGGGUUGUUGACAUUCCUGACAGUAAAUAUGGAAAGGUGAUAUCAGAUGAGGAGCUAAUAGAACGAAGAAUCUUCAAUGGGGCUCUGCACUACCACUGCAGACUCUGCAAUAGUUCUUGCACAGGAGAGGAGAACCUGAACCAACACUUGACUGGUAGACAACAUCUGAAAGCAAGAAGGAACCGAAACUUCGGAGACCCAGCUGCAGCUUUUCAGACCAACAGUCCUGCAAGCAGGCAAACAACAGCUCCCUUUGCACCAGUACAGACAAAUAUCCAAGACCAGUUAACAUAUGACAGACUAAUGGCAGAGAGAGCAGUUGAUGGCUACUACUGCGAUGUUUGCAAUAUCUCGUGCACAGGGAAAGAAAACUUUGACCAACAUGAAAGAGGAAAGCAACACCAGAAAGCAUUAAAUAGAAGGGCAAUAAGUAGAGGUGGGAUAUCUGCAACACCCACCUCAUCCAGAGUUAAUGUUAGUCCGUAUAGGCUGGUUCCCCCCCAAGUGGGGCAGAAUCCCUCUCUCCCAGUUGCUGCUCCCGAGUGUGUACCACCUGUGAGGACUGGGGAGAACAAAUCAAAAGACCGAGUGGAACUGGCAAUGGAGAAUGGAUAUAUAAUUAAGACAGACGUUGGUUACUUCUGCCUGGUAUGUGAGAUAACCUGCUCUGGGGUUGUACCUGUGACAGACCACCUUGCAGGGGACACACACCACAGGAAUCUGCAGGACCAAAUCAGUCUGCAGAAGAGUAUGAUUGCACCAGACAAGAGUUGUCCUGCUCCUGGCACAAGCAGCACUAUACAGGAAAGUCGCAGCCAUAACAUCAAGAGCCUAUACCAGCCCCCAGCACCCCCUCGAGUCCAGCCCCCCUACACUCGAAGCAUGUCUAGACCUGCCUCAUAUCUGCUCGACAGUCUGCAGGAUAUUAAGGUGUAUCCUGCCAGUGAGCCUCUAGAUGAUCUCUUUGAUUGAGUUCAGUAUAUGUGAUAUACUUAUGAAAGGUCUCUACACAUAGAUGGCUCUGCCUUACCUGAUUUCCCCUUUCCUUGAAUUGGAGGGAAAAUGUAUUUUUUGCUAGUGCUAUGAAUAUCGAUGGUGUUAUUUUUAUUAUAAACAUUAUAAUUACU